AUGUCCGCUCUCCGUCACGCCCUCCCCCGCUUUCCAGGCGUCUGGAAAUCAGUUCGCAGUCGACAAUCAUGGACUUCCGUCCGUAAUUUUUCAAGUUCCCCCGUUACUCGGGCAAGUUGGGGCUUUGUUGGCCUCGGCCAGAUGGGUUAUCCAAUGGCAAGGAAUCUCCGAGCCAAGAUACCCACAACAGACUCUAUUACAAUAUACGAUAUCAAUAAGUCCGCGACUGAUCAGUUUGUGGAAGAGACAAAGAGUGCUGGGCCCGGGGCUAGCGUAACCAUUGCAAGCAGCCUCCAAGAUGUUUCUCGUGCCUCUGAUACAAUUAUCACUAUGCUUCCUCAGCCUAAGCAUGUACAGGCUGUGUACGGAGAAUUCAUUGCGGGGGGGCUAGAUAAAUCCAAUCCCCAGCUUUUCAUAGAUUGCUCGACCAUCGACGUGAAGACAUCGUUGGAGGUCGGUUCAUCAAUUCGAGCUCUCGGACAUGACUUCGUGGAUGCUCCAGUAUCCGGGGGGGUUGUUGGCGCCACAGCUGCAACUUUAACAUUCAUGCUUGGAGCUUCGGACUUGGCUUUGGGGAAGGUACAGUCCAUACUGGAAAAAAUGGGCAAGCGAGUUAUUCAUAUGGGUGACCCCGGAACCGGCAUCGUCGGCAAGCUGGCAAAUAACUACCUGCUAGCCAUGAACAAUUUGGCCACAGCAGAGGCAAUGAACUUCGGAAUAAGGCUUGGAUUGGAUGCGAAAAAGCUAGCUAGUUUAAUCAACUGCUCGACUGGCAAAUGCUGGCCGAGUGAAGUGAAUAAUCCGGUUCCAGAUGUUAUCGAGGGUGCGCCUUCGAGCCGCGGUUAUCAAGGUGGAUUUGGAGUCAGCUUGAUGGCGAAGGAUCUCAAGUUGGCUAUCGCUGCUGCGGACCUCGCUGGCGCAAAGCUCAUCCUCGCAGAGCCUGCUCGGAAACUCUACGAAGAUGCUGAGGCCCACGACGACUGCAAGGGAAAGGACUUUUCCGUAGUAUACAAAUACCUACAAGUAGCGGGGAAUUGA